GUUUUUGACGGGACCCUAGUUGUUAGAGGGAAAAUGUAUCGCUUUCGUUUGCAGGCUUUCAUCGUAAUCGCUUUUAAUUCUUUACUAUUCACUGUGGCAUUGGAAGAUAUUAAAUUUAAGAGACAUUAUAGUAAAAACUGGUCGUGUAUUGGCUGAUUUUAGGUUUAUUUCUUCUAUAUUUUUACAAAAAUGCCUAAGCCUAAGAAGAGGAACGGCAGGGGGGGACAGUAUGGUGCUGUGCAGCCUUUCAGCGAUGAGGAUGCUUCCAUCGAGACACUCAGCCACUGCAGCAGCUUCAGUGACUCCACCAGUGUGGCAGAGGAAGCAGGCGGAGAUGCUGAGAGAGUGGCUGAGGAGGAGUUCCACUGCAAACUGAAGGUUUACAUCGAUUGCACAGUUGACAAAAGUGCUAAAACUAGGCAAGGUGCACUUGAUGGAUUGAAGACUGCCAUGGCAACAAAAAUCCUGUAUGAGUUUAUUUUGGAGAGAAGGAUGACCAUCACAGACAGCAUUGAGCGCUGCUUGAAAAAAGGUAAAGGGGAGGAGCAGCGUGCUGCGGCCUCCCUCGCAUGUCUCCUGUGCAUUCAGCUGGGCUCAGGGAUCGAGAGCGAGGAGGUCUUCAAGACCCUCAAACCCAUAUUUAAAGCCAUCCUCAGUGAUGGAACAGCGAGCGUCCAAGCCAGACAGGCAUGUGCAACAAGUCUGGGUCUCUGCACUCUGGUAGCAGAGGAUGACAUCUUGGAUGUAUAUGCCACCAUGGAGUGUUUUGAGAGCCUUUUCACCCGCUCGUACAUGCGUGAGGAUGGCAGCAGACCAUCUCUGAGCCCUGCGACCACUCAGCUGCACACCAAUGCACUGCUGUCCUGGGCUCUGAUGCUCACCAUCUGCGACUCCAGCCACAUCACAGCCAUCAUCCACAAACACCUGGCCAAGCUGCCACGGCUUUUGGAGAGCGAGGAUGUCAACAUGCGCAUCGCUGCUGGGGAGACCAUCGCCCUGCUGUUUGAGCUUGCAAGGGAUGUGGACCUGGACUUGGACGGUGAGGACUGGGAGGAGCUUUGUGCCAAGCUGAGCGCCCUGGCCACUGACUGCAACAAACACCGCACCAAGAACGACAAGAGGAAGCAGCGCUCUGUCUUUAGGGAUGUGCUAAAGGCUGUGGAGGGAGGAGACUUCCAGACAGAGACUAUUCGCUUUGGCACUGAGCGCAUGGCCAUUGACAGCUGGCUGAGGAAGAGGACAUAUGACACCUUCAGAGAGUUUGUGGGUUCUGGGAUGAACUACCAUCUGCAGGCAAAUGAAUUCAUCCGUGAUGUGUUUGGACUGGGACCACCGGUGCUGAUCGAUUCUGCCACACUUAAAGCCAUGAAGACCUCCCGACUGGAGAGACACCUGUACAAUGCUGCUGCAUUCAAAGCUCGUACCAAGGCCAGGAACAAGUUCCGUGACAAAAGGGUGGAUGUGGGAGAAUUCUAGACUCCUGUUCUAGUUCAAUUAUUCUGUCUUUGUUUGGCUCCAUUGAGUUUCC